UCUGUUUUUGUGCGCUGUCAAGAGCACCUAAAUCCUAAUCCUUGUAGCCUAGCAAUUAAUGAGUCCUCUUCUCUCUUCUGCCCGAGACGAUUGAUUCCAGCGUUCAGUGCUUGGUGCUUGUCACUUCUUGUCAAAGCAGCAUUCUCGUUGCUUGACCUUCCGCACUGAAAGGUGACUCGGGCUGCGGGAACAAAUUCUAAAGCUUGGAAUUUCGUUGUUAGAGGCAGAGGCACCCAUAUAUUUUGAGCUUAGAGAUGACCAACAAAGUGCUGGUGGUUGGAGGCGGCGGCCGCGAGCACGCACUCUGCUGGAAACUUGCCUCCUCUCCUAAGGUUGAGACCGUUUUUGUCGCUCCUGGAAACGUGGGCAUUGCAAAGGAGCAAAAAGUGUCUGUGGCUGAUGUCAAUGUCAAAGACUUCAAGGCUGUGGUCGCUUUUUGCAAACAAAAUUCGGUUAGCUUCGUGGCUGUUGGCCCUGAAGACCCCUUGGCUAACGGAAUUGCUGAUGAACUGACCAAGGAAGGCAUCCUCUGCUUUGGGCCCAGCAAGGCAGCCGCCAGGAUCGAAUCCAACAAGGACUGGUCCAAGGCGUUCAUGGACCGCCACAAGAUCCCAACUGCGCGUUGGCAUUCAUUUACUGAUCCUGAAAAUGCGAAGCAGUUUAUCAAGAGUGUCGCCUUCCCAGCCCACGUUGUAAAAGCUAGUGGCUUGGCCGCUGGUAAAGGCGUUGUAGUGGCCAGCAACAAUGAGGAAGCCUGCCAAGCGGUAAACUCGAUCCUCGUAAAUAAAGAAUAUGGUGUUGCUGGCGAUGUAGUGAUCGUUGAGGAGCUCCUUGCUGGAGAGGAAGUUUCGGUUUUGGCUUUUUCGGACGGCAAGAAUGUUAAGCUCAUGCUGCCAGCGCAAGACCACAAACGUCUGAUGGCCGAGGACCAAGGCCCCAACACUGGAGGAAUGGGAGCGUAUUGCCCUUGCCCAUUCAUUACAGAAAGCGAGCUUAAACUGGUCGAAGAGCAGGUCUUGCAAAAAGCCAUUGAUGGACUCAGAUCGGAAGGGACCCCUUUUAUCGGUGUUCUUUAUGCUGGCUUAAUGAUGACUAAAAAUGGUCCUAAGGUGCUUGAGUUUAACUGCAGAUUUGGAGACCCAGAAACGCAAGUUAUUUUGCCGCUGCUUGACACAGACCUCUACGAUAUCAUGAUGGCCUGCUGCACUGAGCGACUUUUGGAGACUGAAUUAAAAUGGAAGGACCAUCUGAAUGCUGUCGGCGUUGUAAUGGCCAGCAGAGGCUACCCAUUCACCUCCUCUAAGGGCAUGAUCAUCACAGGAACUGAUGAGGUUUCAAAGCGAGGCAGCAGCUUGGUCUUCCACAGCGGCACCGCUCUUUCAGGCUCUGACCUGGUCACCAACGGAGGACGCGUGCUGAUCGUUGUCUCCUUAGCGCCGUGUCUUCCCAGCGCGGCCGCUAGCGCCACCGAGGGCGCCAGGAGCAUCGCCUUUGACGGCGCCCAGUUCCGGCCCGACAUCGCGCACAAAGGCGUCAUCAGGGCUAUUCUGGCGAAAGGCGCGCUCACCUACAAGGCGUCCGGCGUGGACAUCGAGGCUGGAGACAGUCUGGUCAGCAACAUCAAGCCUGUUGUCGAGCUGACCAAGAGAGCCGGCACCCUCGGCUCCAUUGGUGGCUUUGGAGGGUUGUUUGAUGUCAGCGCGGCCGGCUACGAAGACCCGAUUUUGGUGUCAGGAACUGAUGGAGUCGGAACUAAACUGAUGGUUGCUCACGAAAUAAACAUAAACCAUACUAUUGGCAUUGAUUUGGUUGCCAUGUGCGUCAACGACAUUCUUGCCCACGCCGCAGAGCCACUUUUCUUCCUUGAUUAUUUCGCCACGGGUAAAUUGGAAGUUGGGGUCGCUGCCAGCGUCGUCAAGGGAAUCGCAGAGGGUUGCAAGCAGGCUGGGUGCGCUCUCGUUGGUGGAGAAACCGCAGAAAUGCCUGGAAUUUACGGUCCAAACACCUACGACUUGGCCGGGUUUGCUGUUGGAGCAGUUGAGAGAACCCUGCAGCUGCCCAACAUCGCCUCAAUCAAGGAGGGUGACGUUGUUUUGGCCCUGCCUUCAAGUGGUCUGCACAGCAAUGGCUUCAGUCUGGUCAGGAAAGUUAUGGAGAAGGUGAGAAGAAACUAUAAUGAAUUGGCGCCCUUCAGCCUAAAUGGGAAGACAUUUGGGGAGGAAUUCCUGACACCAACAAAGAUCUACGUGAAGUACCUACUUCCUGUGCUGAAAAGUGGUAAGGUCAAAGCGUUUGCUCACAUCACCGGAGGCGGCUUACUGGAAAACAUCCCUCGUGUCCUUCCCAAGAACCUGGCCGUUGCUUUGGACGCCUCAAAGUGGACCAUCACUCCUGUAUUCCCCUGGCUAGCAGCAGCUGGCCAGGUCAAUGAACAGGAGAUGCUGCGGACGUUCAAUUGCGGCGUCGGCGGCAUCCUAAUUGUAAGCCCUGCAGAAAAAAACUCAGUUCUGAAUGCUUUGAAGAAAGAAGAAUGCGUGGAAGUAGGAGUUGUCAGGAGCAAGAGCGCUGGCGGCCCGCACGUGUUGGUGAACAACUUUGUGGAGGAGAUGGAAAACCUCAUGCGGCCAUUCCUGCCCACUUUGCUGAGGUCUGGACUGUGCCCUCUGAAGAAACGGGUCGGCGUUCUAAUCUCAGGCGGAGGAACAAAUCUGCAGGCCCUGCUUGACCACACAAACGACCCCACCAGGAACAGCGCCGCGGAAAUCGUGCUUGUCAUCUCCAACAAGGUUGACGCAAAAGGUCUCGAAAGGGCACGCAAUUUCAACGUUGCCACUAAAGUUAUAUCCCACAAAGACUUCUCAUCUCGAGUAGAGUUCGACAGGCAAGUUAAUAAGGAGCUGAGGGAUGCUGGAGUAGAAAUCGUGUGCUUGGCAGGCUUCAUGAGAGUUUUGACUGGAGAAUUCGUGCGCAGCUGGAAGGGAGCUUUGAUCAACAUUCAUCCCGCCCUUCUGCCACUUUUCAAAGGCACCCACGCACACCGCCAAGCGUUGGAUGCGGGUGUUCGGGUCACUGGCUGCUCUGUCCACUUUGUUGAGGAGGAAAUCGAUGCCGGAGCGAUAAUCGUUCAAGAAGCUGUACCAAUCGCGCUUGACGAUACUGAGGAAACCUUGCAAGAGAAAGUACUGAUGAGAGAGCAUGUGGCGUACCCCAAAGCUCUGGAGAUGCUUGCCAGAGGAGAGAUCCAGCUGGACGACCAAGGCAAAAUCAUUUGGGCAACUCCAAAAGCGCUGACAGAAUCAAAAUAGAAGCUGUGGUUGAGAAUCAAAGUCACGGACCAAAUAACCCACGGAAAACGUAUCUAAGCUGUCAAAUCCCAGUUAAAUCAAAACAAUUUCCAAAUUUUAUAUAAGCCAACUGUUUUCAGUUGUAAUUUACGCUCCAUUGUAAAACCAAUGAUGAAUAUUACACAUUCCCUUUUUGAGCAGUGCAUACUUGAAAUUGUAUAUCAGUGCCAUAUUAUUAGUGUUACAAUUUGCUACAAUUCAUUAUGUUUUCAAUAUUAAUCAAAAUGUUGAAUCCAGCAAAAUUUAUGAAACGUAAUAAAGUAAAUUUUUCCUUUUCAUAAAA